CCGACUUGUUUCAGUCGGUUACUAUGACCAUCACUAACUUUCCUAAAGAUUUACAAAUAAAAGUUUGACCUAGAAAAAAAAAUCAUAAUUUGUGUUGGUGUUUCAGCUCACAAGCUUGCCAAAUAAGUCGAACUUUUCUGAAAGAUUGUAGAACAAAAAAAAAAGGGUUUUAAAGUGCUGUUAAUUUAAUAAUCGUAGGAAAGUUCCAAAAAUGCCUAAGGUGGUAUCUCGCAGUAUUGUUUGUUCUGAUUCCAAGGAUCAGGAAGAAUACAACGAAGAAAAGCCAUUAAAUAUCUAUUAUUGCCUUUGUGGGAAAUUGACUCUAAUACUCGAUUGUACAAUUGAUAUCUUGCCACUUCGGCCAACGGAUGGAGCGCGUGUAAUUGACGGCAAGAAACAUGCACAUAAACUUGCUUUCCAGGAAGGUCAAGGCCUUUACAUAAAACGUGACAAAGGUUACGAACGGCAAUAUCGCCUCAAUUGUAAAUAUUGUAACCUGCCUUUGUACUACCGGCAUGAAGCUGAUUCCGAUGUCACAUUCAUCAUUCGAGGGUCGUUAGUUCGCAAGAAGAUGGAUAAUGCGUUAGAAUCGGAAGAAGUUACGACCGCAGAUUCAUGCAUUGAAGGGGUGGGUUUUGGUGCAAGCGAAAAAAUUAUGGUAACGCGGCAUACAAAGCACAUGGGAAAAUUUAGUUCGGUGACCGUCUCAACCAUUGAUGAGGAAGAAGAUGAAAUCGAAGCACGUGAAAUCGCAGAUAGUUAUGCCAAUAAUGCAAAAAUUAUCGAGAAACAACUACAGCGCAAAGGUGGUAAACUUACGGACAUGGCGUCAGCCCGCAAGACAGAUGAAGUUCCUCCGAUAAAGAAAGCGAGAGGAACAUUACUUGAUAUGUAAAAUGAUUUGUUUAAAAAGAAAUUCCGACAUCAAAAUAUCAAAUAUAUUUAUAUUUAUAUAACAAUAUUAUA